UAAAAGCGCCACAGCUAAUGGAUAGCGGUUCAAUGAUACUAGAAUGCUUCCAAAGUGAACAAUGAGGGUCUCUGUCGAUGGACGAAGAAAGUAGAUGUAACUUUGACACCUGGAGUUCCAGAAUGGUUUCUGGGGUUGAGUUUCGGUGCAAAGUAAAAGUUCCCACCAUCACUAACCUGCCAACUUUAAAUGAAAUUUCGUCAUCGGCUUUUGAGUAUGACUUUUUACACGAAAAGCAAGUUAUUGCUGAUUAUGAUGAGUAUUUCAACGCAAAGAAAAAUUUGGAUGAAACACUUUCCACAUCAGUGUAUGGAAUUCCACCAGAUCAGUCUAAUCUAUUACAGGAAAGCAAUAAAAAGGGCAUUGAAUUACCACGCAGUUUUCAUUUCUCUGAUCCUCAGUCACGUUCUUCAAAUAAUUCGUGUCCAACUUCAGUUAUCGAAACACCUCCACCUGCUGCUAGUCAUCUUGUUUCCGGGAAAAUCUUGGAACCUAGCAUAAUAGAUAGUGGAGCUUCUAGCCAAUUAUGUAAAUCAGAACAGAUGAAGGUUUCGGAUAAUAACCCUGAAUGUUCUAGUUCAGAGUUAAUUCAUAUGAAACCAGGCUCUUCUACUAGUUCCACAAUUUGCACAUACUUAAAAGAUUUUGAUAUCCAACCUGACGACCCAUUCACGAUGACUGAACUUAAAACAAUAAAUGAACUUGAGGAACUUAAGGAAAUUUUAAUGCAUGACUCCAUUUCUAGUUCCUGUCAACCACAACCUUAUCAUUCGAAAACCAAGGAUAUAAUAAGUAAUCAUAGUGAAGGUUCAUCUGUCACCAACUCUUCGAAUACUCACUCCGUAAAUUCAGAAAAACUGAGUUAUCCUCCUUUUUCUAGUUCAAAAAACAAACACGAAACUUGCAAAUUUCCAGAAACAGCUAAUUCAUUUCAAAACAAUUUUUGUUUCGUAAGUAAUCAUAUAAGUGAUCAUCAAGUCCAAACACGUGCACAAAAUGUAGCUAUCUCAAAUGGCCUUCAUAAUUCACCUGGAUUUGGUAAUGCACCGACAAGGUUUACAAAUUUGUCUAAGCCAAUUGUAAAUUCCUGUGUUCCAUAUAGCAUAAAGUCGAUUGCCUUCACAAAUCAACCUCAAGCCUUCGGUAGUAUCGCUGAACAAAACGGUCUUAUAAAUACUGAAAAAUGUCAAGACAUGUUUAAAAUCUCCACUAUUGGUAUAAGAACACCUGAUCCACAUCAUUCUCAAAUAAAGCUUUUAGAAAGUUUGUUGUCGUGGGCAACAAAUUGUGGUUUUUCUCAUUCUCAUACUCGUCGUCUCUUAGAAUUAGGACUACAGAAAAGAGGUAAUUCAUGAUGUCAGUUUUUAAAAAAAAAGAAUAUAUAACUGAUUUGAUUUAUCUUAUUUUAUCUCUAGCUAGAUUUAAUGUGUAUGUGAUCAAAGUAUUAUAAUUCACUGAAUAAUUAUCAUAUACAUAUUUUCCACAUACACAUAGUAGCUUGUAUGUUUAUCUAUUGUGUUAAGAUUUGAUAUUUUUUUAUUUAGCAUCUACUCACUUAAAGUAAAAUUAAUGAGGUUCUUGGUGGUGUUUUGUUCUCUGAGCUGGAUGGUUUGGUUGUGGAGCUUUCAUCGUUCUUCUGAACGACAUUAUCAGCACAAACUUCAGAUAGAAGUGAAGUGUUCGAAUUUCUUCAUAUGUGUUUCACAGCUUGUUCUGUGCACCUCGAUGUUGACCUUAAAUUUAUCAUUGUUUACUUCUUUGUUUUGGUUGUGCCUCCCAUUGGUUUGAUUUUUGUUCCUAUAUUUAUGCAUGAUUUUCCUGAUUGGUUGAUAAAUUGGAUUGAUUUCAAUAUGUUUGUAGAUUGCUGAUUGACCUGAGUGCCAAGCUUCUAAAAAUUCUCUGGUGUUUUUGGAGUUUCCUCUGUCUAAGAUUUCUACAUUUUCCCAAUCGAAUGAAUGUCCGUAGUUAUCCACGUGUAUUGAUAUAAGUGAAGAGAUAUCAUGGCGUUUGACUGCUAAUUGAUGUUCAUGUAGGCGUAGGUGGAGGGGGCGUCCGCUUUGUCCGAUGUAGUGUUUGUCGCAGUUGGUACAAUUUAUUUUGUAGAUGAUGUUUGAUUUGUUUUCCUUUGUUAUUUCAUCUUUUGGUUUGCAUAGGAUUGAUUGUAGUGAUUUUGUCGGUUUGUGUCCCACACCUAUCCCGAAGGUUUUCAGCAGUCUCGUUGUGGUUUCUGAUAUUCCUUGUAUGUACGGUAGGGUGAUCCUUUUGUUGAUUUUUGUGCCUGAUUUGGGUUCUGAUGCUGUGUGCCGUUGGUGCUUUUUGAUGAAGUUGAUUGGAUAGCCGUUCUUUUGAAAUAUGUCCUUCAGGUAUUUCUCUUCAUUUUUUCGUGCUGCCAGUGUGUUGCAGUGUGUCCUCGCCCUCUUGAACAAUGUGUGUAUGCAGUUGAUUUUGUGAGCUCUUCGGUUGUUGCUGUUGUAAUUGAGGAUUUGAUCUGUAUGGGUCGGUUUCCUAUAUACUUGAGUUUCCAGUUUUCCUGUAUCGGUUCUAGUGAUCAAUAUAUCCAAGAAUGCUAGUUGGUUGUUUGACUCCUGUUCCAUUGUAAACUUGAUGUCGUUGAAAACGUUGUUGAUCAGUUUGUAUGUGUUUUCCAGUUCAUCCUUUUUGACGAUGACAAAGGUGUCGUCUACGUAGCGAAUCCAAAUUUUUGGCUUGAUCAUUGGUAAUAUCGUGGCUUCUAGUCUUUGCAUCACUGCUUCUGCGAUCAGUCCUGAUAUUGGUGAUCCCAUUGGUGUCCCUUUUGUUUGUUCGUAGAUUUUGUUGUUGAAUUGAAAAUAUGUUGUUAGGCAUAAAUCGAUGAGUUCCAGUAUACAUUUAAUUUGAAGCGUCGUGUAUUUGGUGAGAUUUGUGUCGUUGUUGAGUAGCAGGGAUAUAGUUUCUUUUGCUAGCUGUGGUUCAAUUGAGGUGAACAGUGCUGUUACGUCGAAGGAUAUCAUGAGUUCGUCGUUGUUGAUUUGAAUAUCUUUAAUUUGGUCCAGGAAUUGUGUUGGGGAUUUGAUGGAGUGCUUGGCUGAAUCUACUAGAUGUCUCAGUAUUCGUGAAAUUUCUUUUGACAAAUUGUAUGUUGGCGUUCCGGGGAUUGCUACUAUUGGACGUAGUGGAAUGUUUGGUUUGUGUAUUUUGGGUCUACCGUAGAAUCGAGGGA